AUGCCGUCCUCAUCACUCUCUCUGAAGUCGAGCACAUCACUCCUUACUGUUCUGUCUCUAUUUUCUUCCACCCAAGCCGUCAAUCCCGGCAUUGGGAAGUCUUAUUCGCCUUUCAAGGAAUACAGUGGCUCAACUUUCUUCGACCAAUUCUCUUUCUUUUCCGGUGCUGAUCCCACCCACGGAUAUGUGACCUACGGAGACAGAGGCUACGCCCAGACCAAUGACUUGAUCGCUUACGAUGGUACUUAUAACUACUUGAAGGUGGAUGCCAUUGGUGGAAAGGAUGUGUAUAAGAGCCAUACUGGAUAUUAUAAUAACAACAACAUUGGUCGAAAGAGUGUUAGGAUUGAGGGAACCGACACGCUGACCAAAGGCCUGAUCGUCGCUGACAUUGCCCAUAUGCCAUCCAACAUUUGUGGUACCUGGCCGGCUUUCUGGACUCUUGGUGGCCCUGACACAUGGCCGGGUGCUGGUGAGAUUGACAUUAUCGAGGGAGCUAAUGGAACCACUCUGGCAUUAUCAAACGGUCUGACCAUGUCGACAGAUACCGGCAAAACAUCCAGGAUUUCGGCCGCGAAUCCCAUGGUGGGCACUAUUCAGGCCACUGACUGCAACGUCAACACAGACCCGAGCAACCCCAACUACGUUGGUUGCAAAAUCGUUGACCCCGACCCAAGCACCUACGCAUCGUAUCAAGGUGGCGUAUGGGCUAUGCAAAUGUCAUCAGAUGUCCUCAACGUAUGGUUCUGGCCCUAUGGCUCAGUUCCAGCGUCUGCCCAAAGCAACAACCCUGUGGUGUCCUCCGAAUGGGGCACUCCUCGUGCCAGCUUUGGUCCCAAGGACACGUUGAACUUUGACGCCAACUUCAAGAACCAGCACAUCAUUUUUGACACCACCUUCUGUGGUGAUCUUGGCGAUCCGACCUGGGGCACCGUUAACGAUGCGGGAAGUUGCGCUGCAAGAACCGGUUACGCCACCUGUGCUCAAUAUGUUCAGGAAAAUCCAGCAGCUUUCGCGAACGCGUAUUGGAAGAUCAAGUCCGUUAGGAUGUAUAGUGAAGGGUCAGCAACGACCACUACCACUACCACAACUACCACCACCACCACCACCACCACCACCAGCGCUUCCACAACCACGACAAGCACUACCACUAGCUCCAGCACAUCUCAGAGCACUUCCACUUCGUCGGGUUCGGCAACAAUGACACCUGCAUCCACUUCGUCUAGCACCUCGACCAGCAGCACCUCGACCGGCAGCACCUCGACAGGCCGCACCUCGACAGGCCGCACCUCGACCGGCAGCACCUCGACCAGCAGCACCUCGACUGGCAGCCCCUCAGCGUCCAGCGCCAAGACCACCGAAAGCCCCUCCCAGAGCACGAGCUGGGGUGACUGGACCUCAACUGCUGCAUCAACCGUAGCCACAAAUCAAGUCUGGGAUGACACAUGGAGCUCAAGCACCACCUCAACAAAGUCAGCAGACCCAACCUUCUGGGGAGCCUGGUCGCCUUCGAGUUCCUCCACCAAGUCCACCACCAAGUCUGCCGACUCCACACUACAAUCCUGGGCCGAUGUCCUCCCAUCAUCCCAGACCGUCGACCCGACGUGGCAAGCAUGGAGCCCCUCCUCCUCCUCUUCUUCCUCCUCCACGUCCACGGACCCAACAUGGCGACCAUGGACCGCCGCCCCAAGCAGCAACCCCGCCACCCCAACAUGGUCAACAUCAACAGUCCCAGCUUCCAAGACAACACCCCAAUCCAGCGGCACCCCCGCCCCGGUCGCCAUCUGGGACGAUGAUUCAGCAGCUGCGAAGACCACGUAUCCCGUCGUGAGCGUCACCGUGCAGCCCCUCCCUCCCUCGUCCACCACGCCAGAUAUUUCGGGCGUGGUGAGCUGGGCGCCCUGGUCCUCUGACGUGGCUGCUACACCGGCUUCAGCCUCGGCUGCUGCUGUUGCUUCGGCCGCUUCUGCUGUCAAUGCAGGUGCGGAGACGUGGUCAGAAGCCAACGUGCCUGCCGCGGCGGCCACCGGGGCUUCAGGGGCAAGCGGUGAGGCCGUCGCGCCCAGCUCGCCGGUCGAUGUCUACAAGGGUGCGGCUAGCGCGAGCGUUGUUGACGUCAAGGCCAUGAUGGGCUUGGUUGCGGCUGUUGUGGGGAUGGUCGGCAUGAUGCUGUAA